UCAAGGGUGGAUACUCUCCAGUGUAUUUCUGCCCUGGGUCAUCGGUCACCCUAGGCUCAAAAUGCAUCCGGCGUUGCACUCAGAAGGUCUCUCGGCUGGUCCCAAGAGAGCCCCCGACUCCCUGGGGAGCUCGCUGACGAGCUCGAGGAUCAGUACGCCCCGGAGACUGAGCAUCCAUCCUUCCGUGACCUGGGGAGGCUCCGACUCUGAAGGAGAACUUUCUGGACCGCAUCCCCCAGGGAUACCACCCACACCCAAGUUCCCUGGUCUUCUGAGCAAGGUGGGUCGCCUCUGCUCAUCCCAUAAGCAACUCAUGAAGAUCGCCGAGUCCCAUGAUGAAGCUCGCUGCAAGCAGGUGGAAGACCAGAUCAACUAUGACCAUCUACGGAAACUGGAGCGCAUGUUCCGUGAAGCGGACAUCGAUGGUGGAGGAGGAUUGGAUAUGGAAGAAUUCCGAAAGGCCAUGAAGAAGAUCAUGGGGAAUAUUUCCGAUGAAGAUAUCGAUGUCAUUUUCAUGAAGGUGGACAUCAACUGCGAUGGUGCUGUGGACUGGGAAGAAUACCUGAACUACAUGCUGCGUGAAUACCGAGGCAAAGACGACAUGCAGAAAAGCAAGUUGCUCCCUGAGUUCCAGCCCAACAUGAAGCGCAUUCCAGUGGCCCAUGCGGAAGAUAUUGUCAAGAUCCAGUUCUACCCAAACCAGAGCCGAGGGGCCCUGGAGAGGAAAGAGAGGUCCAGGAAAGGGGGCGGCUGGUCCCCCCCGGGGCGAUUCCUCACCGUGAGCAGGGAUGGGAUCCUCCAUUACUGGAGUGACUCAUUCAAGAUGCUCCGGACAGUUCAGUUGGACCAAACCAAGCGCCGCCACAGUUUGAAGCUCUGGGUGACGGACAUGCUCUGCUUGCCGAAUAUCAACCUCUUAGCCAUCGCCACGACCGACCAGGAUAUCGAGUUUUUUGAUAUCAAUGGCAACAAAUGCGACCGGAUAUUUACCCUGGUUGACCUGGAGGGAUGUGCCACGGCCAUGGAUUACUGGACAGACGGGCGCAAGGCCGUGUUCUGUGUUGGCGAUGUGAAAGGGAAUGUCCUCGUCUUCACUUCGACCGACGUUGUGAGGAACGGGCUUUUCAACAUUCGCAGCUACAUCGGUGGCUUAGCAAGAGUCCCCGUGCAAAUCCUCAUGAAGGCAAAGACUGAAUCCUACCAGAAUUUCACCGUUUCUGCUUUGCAUGGAGACUGGUGUCAACAGAUCAUGUACAUCCCCCAGCUCAAUCUGGUCGCCUCCUGUACGCCGGCAGAUAAGUCCGCCAUGGCGCUGACCUCGUUUCCGGUCCAUAACGUUGGUAAAACCCAAUCAGCAAUGAUUGUUCUGAAGAAAGGCAUCCUUUGUUUUGACUAUGCUUCUGAGCUGAACAUUCUUGUGACGGGGGGAUUCGAGCCACUGGUCUGCAUCUGGAACCCCUACGUCACAAGCAGCCCCAUCACUCAAAUGAAAGGACACGUGACAGCCGUCACCCAUAUCAUGGUCAACAGGGAAAGGAACACCAUCGUCAGUGUCUCAAAAGACAAAAAUAUCCGUGUCUGGGAUCUGCUUGAUCAUUUCUGCUUGCAAUCGAUCCAUGGCAGGAAUGUCCUGCUAGGCAACUGUCCCAUCUCAGCUGUCUACUACCACCAGCCUGGCAGUUUCUUGAUUUGUGCCACAUAUACGCUUGGCCUGUUCUUUGGGUCGGAGUCUUCCGAGGCAGAAAUCAAAUCCCACGAACAGCCGCUCUGCUGUGCCUUGUACAACAAGAACUUCAAACAGGCGGUCAGCGGCUGUUACAGCGGCAUCGUCAGUGUUUGGGAUGUCAUGACCGGGCAGAAGACGAUGGAGUUCUCCACUUCCCCAGAGCACCCGGUGGAAAUCACUGCCAUGACCUUUGAUCCGCCGGAGAGGCGGCUGAUCACGGCGCUGAAAAACGGGACGAUCAAACUCUGGAACUUCAACAACGGGGCCUGCCUGGCGGAGUUGCCCUUUGAGGACAAGAAUGAGAUCAGUUGCAUUUUUUAUAUGAACUACAAGAUCUUUGUGGCAGGGUGGAGCCGGAGGGUGACGUGGUACCUGGACAUCAAGGAGCACGAAAAAGUGAUCGAAAGCAAGCACUGGAAGUCCUACCACUCGGAUGACAUCCUGUGCAUGGACGGGUACAACAACAAGCUCCUGGUGACGGCCUCGUGCAGCGGGGACACCGUCUUGUGGAACGUCAGCUCCGGGCAGGCCUUCUGCCGCUUCAACGCCUCGGAGAGCCCCCUGACGCUGCUUCCCAAGAGGGAGUUUUCUGUGGAUCCUGCUACCCCAAAGAAGGCAGUUGAUUUCUCGGGCAGUCCUGGAAAGAAGUGCUGGGCAUACUCGAGAACGGUGCUCCCUUCAAAACCUGCCCUCCCAACGAGACCCGUCAGUGCACACAACCCUGCAGUGUCUUCAUUCCAUUACAGGCCCCCUGGAUCUGCUCUGCCUGGAAGUCGGCUUGUGCAUCCUCAGGCCGCCAGCAGCUCUGAAGGAGGCAAGAAGAGUGCCGUCGACUCCCUAAAAGCCCCGGGGGCUGCUGACGGUGGCGCCCCUAAAAAGGAUGGGCCUACGUGGCAGGAAGAGGUCAGCGCCGCCCAAGUGGCUGUGGAGAAGGUUCUUUUCCUGAAUACUCGCGAGCGUGGCCCGAACACGGCCAUUUUGCUCACCAGCUCUUCUGACGGGUUUAUCUACGCUUGGGCGGUCGGGACCAAAGGUGGGAUGAUGGGCAAAUUCCGAGGAGCCCACGGCAUUGCCCGGGACACCGUGGUCUGCUCCAUGUCCACGGACGACAAGGAUCUGGUUCUCUUCACUGGGGACUCCUUGGGCUACAUUAAGGUUUGGGACAUCAUGAAGUACUGCACCAAAGCAAAAGGGAGCAAUUCUGUGACGGACAUGGACGAGGAUGAUCCUCUUGAGGAGAACGGCUUCUGUGAAUUAAUCCCCGACUACUGUAGGGUUCCUGCCAAGCUCCAAGCCCAGGGAGUGACCGAGGAGGUCCACCAAGGCUGGGUCACCACGUUGGUCCCUCCCCCCUGCCUCAGCUCCUGGAGAGGCCACCUGAAGAACGUGGUCAGCAUCAAGUACGUGGAGAGGUUCAGAGUGAUCCUCACGGCCAGCCACGAUUGCACCAUCAAGCUGUGGAUGCUCUCCGGCAAGCACAUCGGGACGUUUGGGCAAUCCUUGUGGAAGCUGGGGAUGCAGCACCUGAUUCCAGCCGAGGUGCCCGAGGACAUCCGCCGGGUGGCCUCCCUGCACACCAUGAUGGUCCUGAACGAAGGCCGCCGGCCCCACUGGGAGAGCACCCGUAACAUCAUCCACUCGCUGAGCCAGCAGAAGCGACAGCAGUCCAUGCUGAUGGACUUCCUGCACGUGAAGCCGGGCCUCGCGCGGAAGGCGGCCAACAAGAUGCGGGAGCUGAUCAGCAAAGAGACCCGGAUGGCCAAGUACACGGAUGAGCAGAUCGAGGCUUCCUUUCAAAAGUGGGAGGAGUCUGGGAAGCAGAAGAGCGACAUCCUGGGGCGUGCCUACAAGCAGAAGGUGCAUCGCCCUUUGCUGAAGCAGCUCCCGGAGGUGAAGGCUUACGUGGCCAACAAGGACCAGCCCCGCAUCUAUCACUGCAUCCAGUACACGGACCUCCACCCGGUGGUUGCCCCUCACAUCCCCGACAUCCUGGCCGAAUCGCAGCAGGCGCAGGCCGCAGGCGAGCACCGGGCCGGCAGGAAAGGCAAGGGGUGGUCAACGAUCGCCGGGACGGUCAUCAAGCCCACCCUGAAGUACUACCUGAUCCGCAAGAAAGCGAGGCAUCUCAAGGAGACUUGACGGCCGGGACGGGAGAGGAGCCGAGACCGGGCCUUUCAAAGAGAGCGGGCGCCAUCCAACCGAAAACGAUUCGGAGCCCGUUGUGUCCUCAUUGUUUCUGUGCUGCGUCUGUCGGCAUUCGAUAAAAGCGAUUUGUCUGUUGGUGCUUGAAAAUA